AUGGGACCGAUGAAGACGGUCUCAAAGGGUGGUGCACGAUUCGUAUUGACAUUUCUAGACGACUACUCAAGAUUUGUGGCAGCGUACUUCAUGAAGCACAAGAGCGAGGUGGCCGCAAGGCUUAGCGAGUUCAAGGCUUUCUAUGAGAAUCAAUGGGGCAAGCACUUGAAGUGUAUACGGUCGGAUAACGGGACGGAGUUUGUCAACAAGAAGAUUGCCCAUAUAUGCGCCCGUAAUGGUAUCAUGCACCAGCGGACAGUACCAUAUAGUCCGCAACAGAACGGCGUUGCGGAACGCAUGAAUCGCACUAUCAUGGAGAAGGCAAGGAGCAUGCUGUACUACAAGGGAUCCACAAACUCUGCAAAUUCGGACGUAACACCGUUCGAGGUUGGUUUCAAGAUGAAGCCGAGUAUUGAGCAUUUGCGUGUGUUUGGAUCGCAAGGGUAUGCUCACAUUGACGACGCCAAGAGGACGAAGCUCGAACCAAAGAGUUACCGGUGUAUGUUCCUCGGAUAUGCGGAGAACACCAAGGGAUACAGGGUGUUCAAUCUGGAAAGGUCGAAGGUUGUCAUAUCGCGCUCCGUAAAGCUUGACGAGCGGGAAGUUGAAGGCAUAUACGACACGGUGGUACCAGAUAAAGUACCAGUCGUCAAUUAUAUUAGGGACACUGAUGAAGCAGUGAUUCCGGUGGUUCGUCCGUAUGAUGGAGACGAGACGAUGGAAGAUGUCGAAGAAAGCGCUCCUGAUGUCGAGAUGGACGAGAUAGAAUCGGCUCCAUUCGAAACAGGUAUCAUCAUACCUCAAGUACUCGAUCCAGAAACUCAAGAACCAAGAGGCGAUGAGAUAACGGGAUAUCAAGCUCCUAGACAAGCUUUUCAGGAGGACAGGUUGGUAUUUCAGCCGGAGAUAAAUCGGACAAGACGCUCACGAGACAGAAUGCUGCUGCUUGAGAAUGGGAAUAGCAGUGAAGACACGUCAGAAGGUAGCGAUGGACCACCUUCUCCAAAGCAAGCAAGAAUUGAUGACGAAGGUCUCAUUACAGAGGCUGUAUUAGCCUAUGCUGCAAGCGUUGGCGAGGCGGACGACGCUCCAUCAACAUACAGCCAAGCGUUAAAAGGCGAAGACAACAGCAAGUGGAUUCAAGCGAUGCAAGCGGAGCUCAAGGCGCACGCCGAUAACGGGUCCUGGACACUGGUACAAAAACGGCAAGACAUUCGACCAAUCGGGUGCAGAUGGAUAUUCGCUAAGAAGCGAAACGAACACGGACAAGUGGUGCGCUACAAAGCUCGACUCGUCGCAAAGGGGUUCAAGCAGAAAUUCGGUGUCGACUUCUUCGAGACGUACUCUCCCGUGGCAAACAUGAACUCGAUCAGGGUUGUGCUAGCUGUGGUGGUGACAAAGGGAUACGUCACUGAGCAGCUGGACGUAGACACGGCGUUCUUGAACAGUGAUCAAAAGGAAGAGGUGUACCUGGAAGUGCCAAAUGGCAUAGCUAAUGCGGAGAAGAUGAUGUGCAAGUUGGACAAGGCAAUCUACGGUCUCAAGCAGGCUGCAAGUGCGUGUAACAAGACAAUCCAUGCUGUAUUCUUACAGAUCGGAUUUCGUAGCAGCGGAGCAGAUCAGUGUAUCUACGUCAAGCAUCAAGAUGACAACUAUGUCUAUGUUUGUCUCUACGUCGACGACAUGAUCAUCGCCGCCAAGACCAGCAGGGAGAUUCAAGAGGUCAAGACAGCACUCAAGAGCUCAUUUCGUAUGAAGGAGCUAGGCAAGGCUAAAUUUAUUCUUGGCGUGGAGAUUGAUCAUGACCACAACUGCAGUAAGCUGAUGAUUCGACAGACUCGAUACAUCGAUGAUGUGGCAAGCCGUUUUAAUCAAGAGGACGCAAAGACAGUGGUCAACCCAUGCGAGUCCGGCCUGAAGCUGUCAAAGAAGCAAUCCCCAACGACGGAUGUCGAUAGAGCAGAAAUGCAGUCAAAGCCGUACAGGUCGCUGAUCGGAUGUUUGCUAUACAUCACGACAUGUACGCGCCCAGAUGUGAUGUAUGUCAUCACGCAGUUAUCAAGGUUUUUGGAGAAUCCAGGUCAGCAACAUUGGAAGGCAGCCAUUCGUGUUCUUCGGUAUCUCAAGACGACAAGAGACUACGGGAUAAUCUACGACGGCAGCGCUAGCAAAGUAACAGCUACAGCGUAUACGGACGCGGACUGGGGUAGCAACAUCGAUGAUCGACGCUCCGUGUCAGGGAUAAUGGUGAUCAUCGGUGGCGCACCAGCCAUAUACAAGUCUAAGUAUCAACGCACGGUGGCUCUAAGCUCUGCUGAGGCAGAGUACAUGGCUUUAAGCCUGUGUACACAGGAAGUGUUAUGGGUUCGUGCGCUGCUUAAGGAUCUAGGUCACGAGCAAGUGGGAGCAACGUGGGUCUGGGAAGACAAUCAAGGAGCAAUUGGGCUUGCCAGCAAUGCCAGCUACAAUGUCAGAACCAAGCACGUUGACAUUCGUCACCACUUCAUCCGGGAGAAUGUGGCCCACGAUAUCAUCAUGGUCAAGUACAUCUCCACCAUGGACCAAUUGGCCGACAUGCUAACGAAGGCUCUGGGGACCAAGCGACUGAACUAUUUGAUACAAGCAAGCUGCAUUGGACCCAAGGGCAUUUAG